AUGGAGGUGUUGACUCUGAUUUUGCAAAAGCAUACGGCGACUCGCUCUGGAUUCAAAUUUCAUAAUAAAUGCUCUAAGGAGAAGGUUGUUAGCUUAUGCUUUGCAGACGAUUUAUUCUUAUUUUCACGUGGUGAGCUUCAUUCGGUGAAGAUUCUGAUUAAAUCUCUUAAUCAGUUCAGAGACAUGUCGGGGUUAGUGCCUAGUCUUUCUAAGAGUACAGUGUAUUUUUGCAAUGUAUCUCCACAUGUCAAGGCUGCUAUUAUGAACCUGUUACCUUUUGAGGAAGGUUCUUUACCGGUAAGAUAUCUUGGAGUGCCCCUUGUUUCCUCCAGAUUAAUUUAUCGAGAUUGUAAUGUUCUUGUGGAGAGAUUGGAAAAGCGUAUAACAGAUUGGAGAAACAGGACACUAUCCUUUGCGGGUAGACUUGAACUCGUUAAAUCUGUCUUAUCUUCUUUACAUGUAUACUGGGCAACGGUAUUUAGUCUUCCUUCUCGUAUAAUUAAGGAACUUGAACAGAAAAUGCGAGCUUUUCUAUGGUGUCAGGGGCCAAUGAAAAGAGGUAAAGCGAAAGUUUCUUGGAACGGUCUGUUGAAAGGGAGAAGUUUUUGGGCUGUUUCGUUGCCUGGCUCGUGUAGUUGGGGUUGGCGUAAGUUGCUGCAGCUACGUGAGGAAAUUCGGCCAUUUAUUUGGUCUAAAAUGGGUAAUGGUAAUUCGACACUUGCCUGGUAUGAUUGGUGGUCAGAUUUAGGACCUUUGAUACAACAUAUCACUCCUCGAGAAAUUAGUAGAGCUGGUUUUACUUUAUCUACUCGGGUUGCUGAUAUAUGGGAUGGAACUAAUUGGAAAUGGGCGGCUGCUUGGUAUGACCUCUUUCCUGUUUUAAUUCAGCUCAGCAACCUUCAGUUAAAUGAUUCUGAUGAUAUGUUGUGUUGGAAAGAUCAAAAUGGUGAUCAAUCAAAGUUUGCAACGGGGACUGUUUGGGAAACGUUGAGGAGGAAGGAACCGAUGGUUUGGAGCAGUUUGCGCUCCUUUGCUGGAAUGGAGCUUAUUUCGGAACUUUGGGAUGAUAUCUGUACGGCUCUUAUUGCUAAAGCUCAUUCAAGAUCAGCUAGGAGUGUAGUGGGUCAAUUAAUUGUUGCUGCUAUUGCAUAUUUUGUUUGGCAAGAACGAAAUAACAGGUUGUUUACUUAUAAGGUCAGACCUGUUGGACGGGUGAUUGCUUUGAUUAAAGAAACGGUCAGAUUACGGCUUGUUACUUUGAACUUCAAGAAUACUCCUCGAGUUGUUUCGUUGCUUGAGGAUUGGAAGCUGCCAAAGAGCAUUAUGUUUGAAGAAUUGAUGGCACCGAUUUAG